UUAUCCGCAUAACGAAGUGCAGUAAAACCCUUUUGUAGCGAAUAGCCAUGGGGAUUCUAUCAUGGUGGAAGGGCGACAAAAAGGAAACUCCUAAAACCACCCAGAAACCCGACCCGAAACCCCAAAUCUCAUCCGGCAAGCCGGAGGUUCCGGGCAUGAACGGAGCCGUUGAGGUUUCCCGGCCAAAUCUACCGCCGGCGGAUAUAACUGUUUUCGAGUUCGGGUCAGUGGCUGCUUCUGUUGAUAAGGUUACACUUGCUGGAUAUUGUCCUGUUUCUGAUGAGCUUGAGCCCUGCCGUUGGGAGAUUUUACCGGCGACUGGGUCUAACGCACCACAAUUUCGCGUGGUUUUCUGAAUUGGGGUAAGAAAGAGCUUGUAUGGAACUUGUGAGGAAGACUUGUUGUUUUUUUCACUUGAGGACAUUGAAAAAAGGGCUUUUUUCUUGUUUUUGUGUAAUUUACUGAGCAUGGUUAAUGAAAAACUCUAAUUUAGUUGCUAAAUUCAUGUUAAGAUUGUAGAUUUUCAGUGCAUUUUAUGUUGGUGUUCUGUUUC